AUGGCCAGGCGCAUUAUCCGCACCCUCGCCCAGAUCGGCGCAUUUGCUGCGCUGUUGUGUCUGCUGGUCUUUAUCGCCGACUCCCGAUAUCGCGUGCUCCCUGCCUCCAUCCACGGCCACCUACCUUCGCACCAUGCCGGCUCCGUCAUCACCGAUGUCACGAUAGCCUUCUGCUCCUCCGCAAACCCAUUCUCCAACUGUCGCUUGGACCCGGACAAGUGGAGUCGGGUAGAGAAGGACCUGUAUCUGGGCAGUGGCUGGGUCAACAAGGCUUACCUGCACGUGCAGCGCAAGAAGGAGGAAGAGCUCACUACUGAAGACAAGGUCUUGAUCGGCAUCAAAGUGAGCAGGAUACAGCCCGAGGUGGGCGACAAGGAAGAGGCCAAGGAGUCCUGGGAGAGCAGGCCGGGGGGCAUUUUCAUUCUUCGCAGCAGUAAAAGACACGAUAGCGACACCGACAAGGCCAUUACCGCCCUUGAUGUUCUGUUUGGUCCGGAUGCUGUCGACCCAAGGCCCAAUUGGCAAGUCGCGCAGACACCGCUUCUCCUUGACGCCGCAGACGGAGGCCGUUCUGCGAGAUUGAGCGUCCGCCACGGCAGGCCCAAGGUUGACCACAAACCGCCGACGCCUCGCGUAGGCAAGGAUGGCAAGUUCAAGAUAUUACAGGUGUCCGAUGCCCACUUAUCAACCGGUCUGGGUGCCUGUCGAGAUGCUAUUGGCGAGGGUGACAAGCCAAGCACGAAAUGCGAGGCAGAUCCUCGUACGUUGGAGUUCAUUGAAACGAUAUUGGACGACGAAAAGCCCGACUUGGUCGUCCUCUCCGGUGAUCAGACAGAGGGUCCUGCAGCGCCAGAUACACAGAGCGCUAUCUUCAAGAUGAUUGCGCCACUCGUUGAACGCGCCAUCCCUUACGCUGCUAUAUUCGGCAAUCACGAUGAUGAAGGCACCCGUUCCCUCCCGAGAAAGACACAGAUGGCUCUUCUACAGACACUCCCUCAUAGUCUGAGUGAAGCCGGACCGGACAACAUCGAAGGUGUAGGCAACUACUAUGUUGAGGUACUCGCACAUUCGUCUCAGCACUCAGCCCUGACUCUAUACAUGCUCGACACUCAUUCCCUAACGCCGGAUGAGAAACGCUUCAAAGGCUACGACUGGCUCAAGCCUGGGCAGAUCGACUGGUUCCGCAACACUGCGCAGGGUCUCAAGAAGGAGCAUGCCAAAUACAGCCACAUCCACAUGGAUAUGGCUUUCAUUCACAUACCGCUCCCGGAAUACGCAGACCGCAGUAACUCAAUUGCGGGCGGGAAAUGGAAAGAAGGCGUCACGGCACCGACCUACAACAGUCACUUUUACGAUGCUUUGGCUGAAGAAGGCGUCGUGGCCGUUGGCUGUGGUCACGACCACGUAAACGAUUACUGCGCCUUGCGUCCUCACAAAGUCGCUCGUGAUGAGUAUUCUGAGCAGCACCCUUCACAUGACAAGAAAGCAAAGCUUGGUCCAUGGAUGUGCUAUGCUGGGGGCUCGGGCUUCGGAGGGUACGCAGGCUAUGGCGGCUUCCAUAGGCGAGUCCGGGUGUGGGAGGUGGACACCAAUGCUGGACGACUGACUACCUGGAAACGCGUCGAGUGUUGUGGUGCAGAGAGCAAGAAGCAAAUUGACGAAAUGACUUUGGUGGAGGGAGGGAGCGUGAUUGCACCUUGA